AUGACGAAACAGGAGUCUCAACAGAUGCCCAAUAUACAAUGUGCCGAGGAUAUUACACUGUUAAGUUUGCUGCAGGUCUGUGCUCUCGCAAAAUGUUGGAAUGUGAAUAUGUCAGGACUUAGGCAUAAGAAAGACAUAGAGGAAAAACUGAUCAAAUUAUGGUUGAGUCACAGGAAAGAGGAAAAGUCCGACUCUUGGGAACUAACUUAUCUUGCUAGUGCCUUCAAGGAGCAUCAAAAGACACAACAAUCAUUGAUCGACAUAUACCUAAAAGCUGAGAAAGUGUACAAUUAUCUCGCACACCAUAUAAAAUGGGAGUACAAUAACGUAAGUACACUUAUCAAAGAGAAAAAAGACUCGUUGAAGUCGGGAGAAUGUACGAUAGUUAUAGCUGGAGAGGUUGGUGCUGGUAAAACAAGUCUUCUGAACUUGAUUCUAGAGACACAGAUCUUCCCAGUCGAUUCACUCAAGUGUACCAACACUAUUCUUGAAAUACGAAGCAAGAGUCUGGAUGGAACUCAGGAAUUUAAGAACUGUGUUGACCAAUCGGACGACAACCCUUACGAUCGAUGUGAGGUGUUUUACCCAUUCAAAAUACUCGGUGUGGACACCCCAGGUAUAGACGGUUGGGGUAAUAUCGAUCAAAGAUUACAAACAUAUUUUUCCAGAGCGUCCGGCUUUAUUUACGUCAUCAACAUGAUAACUGCUGCAGCAGAUCAACAAAGCCGGCUGCUCAGCCAUUUGUUGAAAACUGUUGUCAAUAGCAGCGAAGAUUUCAGUCCUAAAGCGUCUUUAUUCAUCGGCAAUAAAUGGGAGCAUGUACCAGAAAGAGAUCGCGUUGUCGUACAAAAAGAUAUCUUUUACAAGGUGAAUCAGGUGUAUCCUGGUAUACGACAGAUGCAGAUACAUUAUAUGUCUGUGAAGAAGGCGGCAGAAUUUAAAAUGAAGUAUGAAACAACAUUAGAAGAGUACAAGAUUCUAAUGUUCAAGGUAUCCCGGCUUGUAUCCAGCAGUCUUAGACAAGGAAUGGUGUCAUAUUACUGGUGGCUUACUUUAUUGCUGUCACGCUCAUUGUAUCUGCUGCGCGAGACAUGCGGACACCAGGCGAUGACACAUGAGGAACAAUACAGAGACCCCAAGUGGCUCCGUAAACACUUUGACGAUGUACAGGUGAUUAAUGAUAGCGCGCUUAAAAGAAAUGUUUUCCUGGAGUUAGAAGAUGAUCGUAUGAUGUAUAAACUCCCUAACUUAGUGAAUGAAAUUGCCGAGCUUCUUGGACAACUUGAUAUCUUCUACAUAAACGACAUCAUGAAGUUUGACUUUGAAUUAUCUGAGUUAGAGUGGCAAAAUAAAAUGGAGCUUGGAAAUGGAAGAUUUGCCAAAGUGUACAAGUCAAAACUUACAAGAAAUAACAGACCAAUUGCAAUAAAGGUUGCAACUGAUGUAGUCGACCAAUCAAAUGUCAGGCAAAUCCUCAACGAGGACAGAAUCAUGAGGGAUUUGAAACAUGCUAACAUCGUCAGGUACUACGGUGCGUCCUAUAUUAAAACAAAGAGAGGUUUACAAUGGAUAAUAGUGAUGGAGCUAUGUCAGACAACUCUCAAACAAAUAUAUACUGGUAAAUUGUAUUCAUUAUCAAGUAAAUAAAAACAAAAGUU